UUCACCCGCUGCCCGGAGCCAACGCGGCACCGAAGGCCGGGUCACCGCCCACGUCCCCAGCUGCAGGUGCCAGGACCCCGAGGGGGCCGGGCCUGGACGCGCGGGGCUGGGGACCGCCGGGCGCCGGAGCUGCGCUCCCGCCUCUGCCUCCGCCUCCUCUUUGUAGCGAGUCCCCGGCCGGUCCUCCCCGCCCCCCGCGCGGCCCUCAGCUCUGCCUUUCUUCCUGCCUCGCCUUCCUGCGGCGCGGCGGCCUCAUCUAUUAUAGAUGCUCGGCCGCGGCUGACAUCAGCCAGCGGCCUCCGGAGCGCGCGGUCCCCAGCCCGGCCAAGCCGCCCGCCGCCGCCCGCGCCCGCCCGCCGCCCGCUUUCUGCAUGACUGUCACAAAGAUGUCCUGGCGUCCGCAGUACCGCAGCUCCAAGUUCCGGAAUGUAUACGGAAAGGUGGCCAACCGGGAGCACUGCUUCGAUGGGAUUCCCAUCACCAAGAAUGUACAUGACAACCACUUCUGUGCUGUCAAUGCACGCUUCCUGGCCAUUGUCACUGAGAGUGCAGGAGGAGGUUCCUUCCUCGUCAUCCCCCUGGAGCAGACAGGCAGGAUUGAACCGAACUACCCCAAGGUAUGCGGUCACCAAGGCAACGUGCUGGACAUCAAGUGGAACCCCUUCAUUGACAACAUAAUUGCCUCGUGCUCUGAAGAUACCUCUGUACGGAUCUGGGAGAUCCCAGAUGGCGGGCUGAAGAGGAACAUGACUGAGGCGCUCUUGGAGCUGCAUGGACACAGCCGGCGUGUGGGGCUGGUUGAGUGGCACCCCACAACCAAUAAUAUCCUGUUCAGCGCUGGCUAUGACUACAAGGUCCUCAUCUGGAACCUGGACAUAGGUGAGCCAGUGAAAAUGAUUGACUGCCACAAGGACGUGAUUCUCUGCAUGUCCUUCAAUACGGAUGGCAGCCUGCUCACCACCACGUGCAAGGACAAGAAACUGCGUGUGAUCGAGCCCCGCUCAGGCCGUGUUCUGCAGGAGGCAAACUGCAAAAACCACAGAGUGAACCGGGUGGUGUUCCUGGGCAACAUGAAGCGGCUCCUGACAACAGGGGUUUCCAGGUGGAACACGAGGCAGAUCGCCCUCUGGGACCAGGAGGACCUGUCCAUGCCAAUGAUUGAGGAAGAAAUUGAUGGGCUCUCGGGCCUCCUGUUCCCAUUCUAUGAUGCUGACACCCACAUGCUCUACCUGGCUGGAAAGGGAGAUGGAAACAUCCGGUACUACGAGAUCAGCACUGAGAAGCCCUACCUGAGCUACCUCAUGGAGUUCCGGUCUCCGGCCCCACAGAAAGGCCUGGGGGUCAUGCCCAAGCAUGGGCUGGAUGUGUCAGCCUGCGAGGUCUUCCGCUUCUACAAGCUGGUGACACUGAAGGGCCUGAUCGAGCCCAUCUCCAUGAUUGUGCCUCGGAGGUCAGAUUCCUACCAGGAAGACAUUUACCCCAUGACGCCAGGCACAGAGCCAGCUCUGACCCCAGAUGAAUGGCUGGGAGGCAUGAACCGAGAUCCUGUUCUGAUGUCUCUGAAGGAAGGCUAUAAGAAGUCUUCGAAAGUGGUAUUUAAGGCUCCCAUCAGAGAAAAGAAGAGCGUAGUAGUGAACGGCAUAGAUUUAUUAGAAAAUGUCCCACCCAGGACAGAGAAUGAGCUCCUCCGGAUGUUCUUCAGGCAGCAGGAUGAGAUCCGGCGGUUGAAGGAGGAGCUGGCACAGAAAGACAUCCGACUUCGGCAGCUCCAGCUAGAACUGAAAAACCUGCGCAACAGCCCCAAGAACUGUUAGCCCCUGGGGUGGGUGUUUUCCAAGCCAAUCUCUCCGUUGUUUCUACUGGUCCCUUAACUACCCCUUAUCCAGUGAGCCCAGAGAUAAGCCUGGACUGGACCUGGGGACCAGCCGGUGGACCCCAUGUACCACCUCAAGAACUGGAAGCUGACCCUUGACCUCCUGACUUCAUGCUAAUAUCAGACCCCAGCCUCUUCUGGAGACCCCCAGCUCUUACUGGCAGCCCCUUUCCUUGCCACCACGGAGCCAGGCUUCCCCCUUGGUUCCCUGAGGGGUGCCCUCUAGGGAUCAGGGAGAAGCAGGUUUACAGCCUGACUUGGAACUUGAACUUGUCCCUUGCACAGGGGCUGCCAGGACCUGUCUGCACUGGGACUGGUAACUCCCGGGCCCAGCAUUACUUAGGAAGCACAGAGUGAGGGCUGUAUUGAGGGUGGAGUGCUCCACUCACUUCCCAUCUCACUCUGCCCCCAGCUGCCCUGCAAGCCUGGUUCAUCUCACCCAAGGGUAGGCACCAGGCAGCCAGCUCUUCUCUGUCUCAACCUCCCCUGCCCACUUGUCUUCAGGGAAUGAAGAGUAUGCUCUCCAAGGCCAUAAUGACCCCUUGCCUUCCCCAUGGUUCUCUUCAAAGCUCUUGCACACAUGCUUUUUCUCAUUUAAUGUGUGGGCCAGGCAGCGCAAGGAUUAAUAUUCCCACUUGUCAAAUGACAAAACUGAGGGCUGCAAUCAGGAAGCAACUUGCUGAGUCACCCAGAGGGUCCACAGCAGACCCAGGACCCUUGGCAUCCAGACCCCAAAGCCAAGGCCCUUCUUAUAGUACUGAGAUGCCAAUCCCAUUGUAGGAUUCCCCAGAAUGAGGGCUAGAAACCACAUCCAUGGUCUGCCCAACACCAGUAGUGCCAACGUGCCACACUGCCCUGCAGAGGCCCAUCACACUCAGUGCCCCCAACCCUCCUGGCCUGUCCUCCUCACUCUCACUCCCCACAGGGCCUCCAUCUGAGUUGAGGCCUCUCCCUAGAAACAGAGGCUGGGAAGGGUGGAGUUUGGCCCUGGGGCAGGAAGAACAACGGUCUGAUGGCUUCUCGGGAUGCUCUGUACUUGUCUGUCCUCCCUCCCCGCAACCCACCACUAUCUCAGCCACUUUCAGCCUUACACACGUAAGAUGGCCACAGCCACUCCAUCCACAUAGCACUUUAAAGUUUACACAGUUCUUUGACAUACAGGAUCUCACUGACCCUCCCAUCUGCUCCACUUUACAGUGGAGAGACAGAGAACUGGCUCCAAGGACACACAGCUCUGAAAUGUUAUUUUAUCUUUGAUCUUCUAUACGCUUCUCUUUUUUUCCCCUCUUCUUUCCCUCUUUCCAUUUCCCGUCUACCCCACGGAGCUCAAAAACAUUGUUCUUAUGAUAGUACAUUUGGGGUGGAGGAGAUCUAGGAACCUGUCAUUUGGCUAGGAUCUGCUACACACGGGACACUCUGUGCCUGCCCUUCCUAACACAACCUGCAAAACUUCCCAUCCUCAGAGGCCCUCCUAGGGAGCUGGGAGGGGGAGAGCCCGCCAGCCCUGGGGCCUCUUAUUGCCAACAGUUGAUGAUCCCCAUUCCCAGCCAGCUGAAGCAGUGUCUCUUCCCAGCACCCCCACAGCUAGACUGUCAACUCUCAUCUCCUCCCUCACACUUCUGGAGCUUUCUUUCUCUCCAUUGACCUUUGUGGUCUUCUGUGAUUAUUUAUGCUGUCUCCCAAGGAUAGAAUUGAAAUAAAAUGUUUUCAACUUA